GGUAGCGUCGAUUGCCGUGACUGGUCAGCCAGACCUUAUCUCAAAGGUGCUACCGCUGAUAUGUGACAGAACCGACUCCCCCAACCGGGAAGGGAAAAAGAAUGAACAAUUGUGUGAUUCCAACAAACAGUAUGAUGACUAUGAACGAUGGUCAGGUAAGCCUUCACGGGCUUCCCGGUGCGCCAGUCCCGUUGCGUACCGAACGUUCAAACUUUAUCGUGAAACCUUGAUAAUGGUGAUCCGCGAUGGUAACGUGCCCAAGAAAUUACAGGGUGUUAAAAGAUCGUCACCUUUAGAGUUGACCAAUGUAACGUUAGGGAUUCCCCGGAAUUCCGGAAGUUCAUGUAUGGUGACAAAGAUUUCGCAUGUUGAUAUUGUGCUGAUUUCGCAGGGGUAUCACACACAAUUCCCGAACAAGGAGCAAAAACUUUAUGGGAGACCUGUUGGUCAACCGGAAGACGAAGUAGGCUUAUUCGAAUUUAAGGUUCUUCUUAAGGGCUAUAUUGAAUUGCCAAAACUCCUUGUCAAAAUAGGAAUGAACAUUGGGAAAUAUUUAAAGGAUAUUUGUAAUUUUUUUUGUUCAGUUUUCUUUACGAUCGACGACAACGAUGAUCAAGCCGUUGGGAGUGGCUUGAUUGGGAAAAUCGUGGGAGAACCGAAAUGGAAGUCAGGGGAAACAAGUUGGCAUGAAAGGAAGAGCGGGAGCGACUUCCGAAUUGGGAAGAUUAUUCAUCAAAAAGGCAAAACAUUUAUAAUCAUGCUUGCCAUAUUUGUAUCAAUCUUCACACCGACUGGCGCUGUUGAAAAUUCACAGCAUGAUGACAGGCGCACGCACAUGAACACCACAAUUGUGCAAAUUGCGAGUAGAGUAGAGGUUCAAGAGAAAGACCGAGGAGUGUCAGUAGCUGAAUGA